UUUGUUUCCCGGAAGCAGAGUGGCGGCGGCGUUGUUUCCCACCCGGAGCGUUUAAACGGUGCACAGCUCGGCUAAAGGUGCCUUGAAGGGCUCAGACGGAGCAGAGCCGGCGAGCCUCCAUGGCGGCCCUGGCAGUGUCUUGCGUGGCCCCCCGGGGUUGGCUCCUUUUCAGGCCGGUCGCGACGUUCCAGGUCCGCUCUGUGCACCAGACGCCCCCGGCGGACGGCGCAGAGAGUUCCGCCGCCAUCCAGACCAAGAGCACCGCCAUGGUCCAGAAGAAGCCACUUGUCCCCAGCAGUCGCGGGGAAUAUGUCAUCACCAAACUGGAUGACUUGAUCAACUGGGCCCGUCGGAGCUCCUUGUGGCCCAUGACCUUUGGCUUGGCCUGCUGUGCGGUGGAGAUGAUGCACAUGGCCGCCCCACGCUACGACAUGGACCGCUUCGGUGUGGUCUUCCGGGCCAGUCCCCGGCAAGCUGACGUCAUGAUUGUGGCCGGGACCUUGACUAACAAGAUGGCCCCAGCCCUCCGGAAGGUCUAUGACCAGAUGCCGGAACCCCGUUACGUCGUGUCUAUGGGAAGCUGUGCCAACGGUGGGGGCUAUUACCAUUAUUCGUACUCCGUUGUCAGGGGCUGCGACCGGAUUGUGCCCGUGGACAUCUAUGUGCCAGGUUGCCCUCCGACUGCCGAAGCCCUCCUUUACGGGAUCCUGCAGCUCCAGAAGAAGAUCAAGCGGGAGAGGCGGCUGCAGAUCUGGUACCGGAAAUAGCCACUCUCUGCCUCACCUGCGUGAGCGGCCCAAGCUUGGGGCCCUUUGCCCAUUCUCUUUAGCGCACAUUUUUCAAAGCCACUUUGCACAAGGCUUUCCCCAAUAAACGUGUGUAUGAAACGUG